AUCGCGGGAACCCAGCUGAUGGUCGACGCGUUGGUCGUCGCGCUUCCUCAGUUACUCUUGGACCGCGCGCUCGCCCGAAUCCAGUCGCACGUCGCUGGACAAAUUUCCCCUCGGCGUCGACUCGGAGGAUCUCGCGGAGGGGUCGAAUUCGCCAGGUACGACGACGACGACGACGACGACGACGACGACCUUGAUUCCAAGGACGACGGGGUCGCGCGAGGACCGUGCGUGAAGAGAAGAUGAUACCGGAUACCGAAGCGGUGUGCCAGGCUUCCGAGGUUGCGGUCAACGGCGGCGACGCAUGCGACAAGAUUAAGGACUGGCCGGAAAAGGAAGCGGCGUCGGUGACCGCCUGGAAACGAUACCAGCGACUGGCCAGCAUGAUGGAGUCCCGGGGCAGCGGCGAGCUCAACCGGAAGUUCCUGAUAGAGGCGAUCUUCCGCGGCAGCGAUCUCGUUUACGCCAGUCAUUGAUCGCCGUGCGAUCAAUCGAUCGGAUAGGAUCGCGGCUGGACAUCCCUCCGCGCGAUUCUCAUACCAAAGUGCCAGAGUAUAUGAGUCGCAGGCUCGCACAAUGGCGUAGAAAUCGCGAGUCCUCCUUCGAGUGUGAGUCCACGAAUGCGAGUUCGCGACAUUUGUUCGACGCGCACGAGAGCGAUAAGAAUAACGAUGGGCGGAAUUGAUCCUUCACUGAGCGAAAUAAUAACAGGGAGAGACCGUUAUCUCGUGGACCUCCACGAACGGUCAAUAGUCAUUAAAUUCAACGGAGGAUAACAAUUAUUUAUUCGAUUUAUAUCAAUUAUCUGUUGAUUGGAUCUGUUGUUGAUCAGCGAAUCGGAAAUUGAUCGCGAGAAAUCGUUGUCUCAUGGAUCUGUAAGGCGGUGAUAAUUGUUUCACACAGAGGAAUUAUCCGAUAAAACAUUAACAAAUGAAUAUUUCCGAUCGAAUUACGAUCAGUUUUUAUUUAAAUCCGAUUAAAUUUAUAAUUGAAUUCUUCCGAUUACAAUGGCAUUUCAUCAGAUAAUCCGAUGAAAAAAUUACGAACCGAUAUUUCUCAUCGGAUGUUUCCUGAUCGGCUAUAAAAAUUGGUUGAUAUUUUGAUCGAAAAUAUGUGUUUGUUAGUUUCUCAUCGGCUGAUCGAACACAAGAUCGGGUGAUUCACAAGAUUAUUCACAAGACAAUUAUUCGCGAUUAUUACGAAAUUAAUUAUCGCUUGGAAAUUAGUUGCAUUUAUUAAUUAGACAAUCAAGAUUUCUGAUUGUUCGUCCUCACGAAUGGACACGUGGUCGAUGAUACGCGUCUAGCUGGGAACGCGAAUACUUUUCGACAUAAUGGAGAAACCUUCUGCGCCGCGAUAUCGCGGAGAGAACGCGGGACAGCGUGUAGAAUGCGAACAACGUGGCUGUGUAUUAUAGUUCGACGUCGAGCGCACUAUUUUUAGAUACGCGAGGAGAGUUUACUGGUUCCGGGAGAGACGAAUGCUUUUAUAGGCUUUUAUACGCAAAGCGAGUAUCGUUGCGCGCGACGCUCGUCCUUGGAGGAGGAAAGAACUCGGAAAUGCCGAUUCGCGCCAAGCUCUCCCGCGAGGAACGCGAGUUACGCGUUCCGAUUAACGACGGAGUCCAAAUUACGUUAGCAAACCGCGCGCGUUAUGCCUCCGUGCGAAAACGAAAUUGAAUUACGUAACAGAAGCGACUGCAUAGACGUUGCGAAGGGAAGCACCACGGAAGCGUAUCUCUGCCGGCUGUUCAACGGAGCGACUCAUAAAGUAACGAAUAACGCGUCCUCGAAACAAAACGCUACGUCGACCGUCGAAUAAUCAGGAGAGCGAUAAAGGAAAGGAAUUCCGCCGGCGUUCAUCGUCCGAAUCACGCGGCUCAUCGGCGAGACAUCGGCGAGUAUAAAUACUCGGAUUAAUUCUCCGCGGACAAUGUUGGGCCAGCGAGACCGGAACGAAUACUCGAUCGCUCAGCAGCUUUCGCAAAAGGCCCGGAAAAAUGUCCAAAGAGUGCAAAUCUGUUUGCAGAUUGUGAUUCCGUUGCGCCACUACCUCAUAACUGAGGCUUUUCUGUAGACCUCUGGGGAGAAAUGUGUCCAAAACUAUUGGUUUUCGACAGAGUCGUAGAGCGAUUCAAAGUCGCCCGGGUCUGACAGAUUGCAUUGUAUGUCCCAAAAAGUAGUUAUUGUAUGCGGGGAUUCGAUAAUGUGAAUUGUCACUGUCGCGCUUCUACGCCACUGGCCGACGAAUGCAAUUACAGUAGAGAUAAGGAUUAACGAUGCCAAACGGUGUAUUACUAGUCAACGUGUGCAUAAUAAAUCGCGACCGAGUAGGAUAGAUCGUUUAAUUAGACAAUUACGACAACGCCGGCCGCCGGCGAUUACGGCGUCUAUCACGCGAUAGACGAUGGCGGGCGUGCCUGUAAUCUACCGCAUGAGCUCAUGCGACAUCGGCUAUGCUAAAUAUCUUGCCAGCGAGCAAUACUCACUGCGUAUUAUAACACGACGAAGGAAAUGAGAGACGCACGGCGAAGAGCCAAGAGCGACUAUAUUAUUCUUUUCCUUUUUUUUUUUUCGAACAUAAAGCGAUUGUCGCAUUGAUUUCGCGCGGAGAUCAUUGUCGAACGAUUGAGAGACAGCUCAGCGGUAUUCCAGGCUCUAGAAAUAAGCAACGAACUGUAAGAAACUACUCAAUAAAGUGCAUUAUAUUUAUUUGAA